AUGCCAGAAAAGGGUUUACGGAAUGUACCCCUCAAGGUGAUUUACAAGCCGCUCAACGCCUACGCGAGUGAGUUCGUCCCGGGGCAGCCGGUCUCAACGCAGGAGUCCUUCUUUGCUUCCGUGGUCGGCCUUCUGGCCGCCUAUCAAGAGGAUGAGUCGAAGCUCUACAUGCCGCCCGUUUUGCCGGCAGUGCCCCUGGCCGACAUCGCGGUGAUGUCGGCCUGGGCCAGGUCGAUGGAGGCGAUCUACAAGGACCCUUUCGGCUCGGCGAAGCUGCUGCAAACACUGUUUCCAGACGCCGCUCACGUGCCGCCUGCCCCAGAGGUGUCUCCAUAUGUUCCGCCAACAGACGUGGAUACCUCCACUGCACGCCUUUUGACCGUUACCGCAUGCUUGCUGAACUUCUUUUUCCAGAACCACAUCCUUCAGACCACGCCAAUUGUCUUGGAGAUCAUCGAGAAGAAGCUCGAGGGGCGAUGGACGAAGUCCGGACCAUGGCGCAAGACGCUGCUCCAGCGGCCCGGUUGCUUCACAGAGGGGGCCCGCGGGUUCUUGCACAUUCCGGAGGGUGUUCUGCGUUCUUUCGAUGUCGUGCCCUGGCAAGUCGCCUUCGAACUCGAUGACUUGGUGGCUUUGCUUCGCUUUCGUCAGACUAGGACUUGCAAAGCUGGACCACCGCUUGGCUACUCUGCGGCUCGGUCAUGGUUGAACAAGGUGCCCAAAGAGCUUCUCCCUCGCCUGACCUCGGCCGUCCACGGGCUCAACCUCAGGUGGGCGGCCCCGGGCCACUGGCUCUUCGAGGAUGCCCCGGAGCUGCGAUGCAUGGUCCCCGGGCGCCGCGGCCACGCCGACUUCGCCGUGCUGGCGCUGUCCUUCCAGCGCGAGGAGCCCACCCAUGCGCUGCGCAUCCGGCACGAAGUUUCCGGGAUCACAACCCGGAAUCCUAGAUGA